AUGAAAAUUUUAUCUAAAACAAAAAAAAAUGAAAAGAAUAAAAACAAACAAAAAAAAGAAAAAGUAUGUAGUAGACCUAAAGGGAUUAUAAAAAAAAAGUUAACUUCUAAAAAUUUGAACAAAAAAUUAUCAAAUAAAACUGAUAAUAUUUUAUUAGAAUCUAAUGAAAAUUUAAUUUUUAAAAAAAAAAAGGAAAAUUUUUUAAAUAACAAAGGUGAAUUAGAGAAAAUAAUAAAUAAAAAUGAUCAAAUAAAAAAAAAAAAGUAUUCGAAUUCCUCGAAAAAUGAAGAACUCCUAAUUAAAAAAAAAAUGAAAAUUAAUCAUACUACAAAUGUAAUAAAAGAAGAAGAAAAUAAAACAAAGGAGGAUAUUAUAAAAAAAGAAGAGGUAGGGGAAAAGGAUAAACCAAAAGUAAAAAUAGGAAAAAAAAAAAAAAAAAAAAAAGUUAAUAAUAUUGUAGAACACAAAAAUUGUCAUCCGUUAACAGAAAAAAUUAUUUUAACUACUAGAAAAAAGAAAAAAAAUUUAAAAAGAGAUGAAAAAAAAGAAAUUGAAAAAAAGAAGCAUGCAUUAAAUUUUGUUGUCAAAAAGAAAAAUACUAAUAAUCUAAAUGAAACAAAUAAUAAAGACAAAAAAAUUGAUGAAUUUAACAAUAAAUUCACUGCUUCAAAAUGUAAUAAUAGAAAUACAAAAAAGCGAUGUAUGAAUAAAAAUAAGGAAGAUAAUAUAAAAAAAAAAUGUAUUAUUAAGGAAGGAAAAGAAAAGAAAGAAUUUGAAAAUAAAUUCAUAAAAAAAGAAAGAGAAACAAAUAUUAAAAUUAUUGAACAUAAUAAAAAUAUUGAAGCAACUCGAAAUAAUAAUAUUAUUUAUAAUGAUAAAAAAAAAAAAGGUAAAUUAAUUAAUGAAGAAAAGAAAAAUAAUAAACUGGUUGAAAAAAAUGAAAAUAUAAAUAUAAAUAAUAUAAAAAAUAAGUUUAAUUUAAUUGAUAAUAACAAAGAUAUAUAUGAAAAUGAAAAUUCAUAUAAAGAUGAUAAAAAAGACAUAUACAAUAAUGAAAAAGAAAAUAUUAAAAUGACUUUUGAAGUAACAAAUCGUUUUACAGUGUUAGGUUGUGAUUGGGAUAAUAUAUCUAGUGUUGAUGUAUUCUACUUAUUUGAAUCAUAUUAUAAUUUUGAAAAAAGGAAAAAAAAAAAAUUUGAUUAUAGUAAAAGUAGAGCAGUAAAAAGAGUAACCAUUUACACAUCGAAAUAUGGGGAAAAAAAAUUAAAAUAUGAGGAAGAACAUGGUCCUCUAAUUAAUUUUGAUCUUUUAAAAAAAAAAAAGAAAAAUGAAGAGGCAAUAUAUAGAAAAAAUGACUUACUAGAUUAUAUAAGAGAUGAAGAUGAAGAUGAAAAUGAUAAGUGUAAAAAGGAAAAACUCUUAAAAAAAAAAUCAAAUAAAAUGAAAUUAAAAACAGAUAUGUAUAAUGUUGAGGAUAUUUACAAUGAUGAAGAUGAAGAAAAAGAAAAAGAAAAUGAAAAAAUUAGAUUAUAUCAAAUUCAACGAUCAAGAUAUUAUUUUGCUUUAGUAGAAUGCUAUAAUAAGGAAAUAGUAGAAUUUUUAUAUGAAGAAUUAAAUGAUAUGGACGCUGACUUUUGUAUAAAUUAUUUAGAUCUUAGAAUAAUUGAUGACAAUUGCUCACUUGAUGAUUAUAAAAUAAAAGAAUAUUGUGAUAGAAUUCCAGAUAAUUAUAAAUUUUAUUAUUGCGUUACAACUGCUCUAAAGCAUACAUAUGCAAAAUCAUCAUGGGAUGAAAAUCCUAAAAGAAAAAAAAUUUUAUCAACGAGAUUUACUGAAGAAAAAUUAAGAGAAUUAGAUUUAAAGGAAUAUUUAGCUAAUUCAUCUAGCGAUGAAGAAAAUUAUUUCAAUGAUGAUUAUUAUAAUAAUAAUUUAUCGGAAUCAUUUAACAAAAGUAAAAGUUAUACCAAAGAAGAUUAUAGAAAAAUGCUUUUAGGAGAUUUACUGAAUGAUGAAGAUUUAAAGAAUGAAAAAUCAUAUGAUCACAAUCAAUCCAUACAAAAUAAUUUUCUUGAAGAAAUAAGUAGUGAUGAAAGAAAAAAACAGAAAAAAUUAGAUAAUAAUGAAGAAGAUUUUUAUUAUUAUAAUGAAACAAAGGAAGAAAUAGAAGAAAAAAAUAACAAAAAUUUACUGAAUUCAGAGAAAUGCAAGAAGAUAAUAGAUAAAAAUGUGAAAAUAAAUGAUACAAAUCAAAAUACAUUGAAAAGUUUAAAUAGUAUCAAAAAUAAAUCUAAAUACGAAAAAGAAAAUUUUGAAUGUGACGAUAGUGAUAAAGAAAAUGAAGUUAUACAAGUUUUUAAAAAUGUAUUAAUAAAUAAAGAACAAAAAGAAGAUAAAAAAAACCCAUGGGAAAAAUAUUUAGACAAGGUUAAAAUGAAAAAGAAAAUGAAGAAAAAAGCAUAUUUAGAAUCGUUGAAAAAAAAAGAUGAAGAAAUUAAAAAAAUAAUAGCUAAAAAAACAAAUAAAAGAAAAAAAGACCAAAAAAUAAAAAAUAAAGUAGAUCAUAACACAGAUGAAAUAUACGAAAGUCAUAUGGUAGAUAAUAGAUUUGCAGAUUUAUAUAAAAAUAAAGAUUUUAAUUUGGAUAUAACAAAUCCUAAUUUUAAGAAAACUAAAUUUAAUGAAAAAAUUCUUCAAAAAAAAUUAUAA